ACGCCGCAGUGUCCGCAGCGGGGCUGCGCUGCCCGAGCAUGCGAGCUGCCGCACCUCUGUACCGCGAUGCGGUGUGCGGGCAGCCCUGCCCUGCCUCGUGCCGGACCCUGAGCCCCGCAGGGUCGGGGCUUCGUCUUUCUCCGGGCUUGGCGAAUGCACCGAAACGGUGUCAGCCUUGCCAGUGCUUUGCUGCGAUCGUAGGAAUCGUAUUGCCGGAGUUCAGUGCGCUCCUGUUAACUGGGGGCUGAAGGCCAAGCCUGGGCAGGGGCAGGGCUGGGGGCCGCAGCCUGGCACUGCCUGCAGUGGGGCAGCGGUGCCCACGGGCUGGGCUGGCCGUCUGCAGCCUGACAACACACAUGCUGAGGAGCCCAGGCCCUCAGGGAAGGAAGGGAUUAUCCUGUAUACAGACCCCCACUGUGUCAACACUCUGUGAGGUUGUUAAUUAUUUAACAAAAGGCAGCAACCUAGUACAAGGCUAUCGUUAUCUUCUCCCAGCGUCAUCCUUUGUUCUCCUUGGAAUUAGCCUGUCACUUCCUAGGGUUUGGCUCUGUCCCUUGUUGGGACAGCAGCACCUCUCAUCCGUGACUUUGAAAAGUGCUGUACUGGCAGCAGCUCCAAGACCGAGCAAAAGAGCUCUCAGGAUGCCAGAGCCAGCAAAGUCAACCUCAGCCCCCAAAAAGGGCUCCAAGAAAGCUGUGACAAAGACGCAGAAGAAAGGUGAUAAGAAACGUCACAAAAGCAGGAAAGAGAGCUACUCCAUCUAUGUCUACAAGGUGCUGAAGCAGGUCCAUCCUGACACCGGCAUCUCCUCCAAGGCCAUGGGCAUCAUGAACUCCUUCGUCAAUGACAUCUUUGAGCGCAUUGCUGGAGAAGCCUCCCGCCUGGCCCAUUACAACAAGCGUUCUACCAUCACGUCCCGGGAGAUUCAGACGGCCGUGCGCCUGCUGCUCCCAGGAGAGCUGGCCAAGCACGCGGUCUCGGAGGGCACCAAGGCUGUCACCAAGUACACCAGCUCCAAAUAGCCACACAUCCCCUCUGCAAUGGGACCAUCGAGCACCGGGCCCUCCACGCAAGCACAGGUAGGCAGCCAUGGUCUGGAUGAAUGUCACAGCUAUUAUCCACAGCAAUUUGCAGCCUUGGGAUGGGCAUGAGAAGCUGCCCAGAGGAUGAGGAGACAGUGAUCUGGAGGUCAACUGGUUUUCAUAGUCUGUUCAGGAUGUGGAAAGGAUUUACUGAGGCUGGUAGUGGAGGCCCCAGCUUUCACAUCUCAUUCAAAGAACUGACCAACCAUAGUAUAUCCAGCCUCCUCUGUGCUUGGCAAACAUUCAUGUUUGGCACUGGGAGGGGGGACUGGCAGCAGCAACACAGAGACACCAUCCCUGAAGUCUUCCUGUUUGACUGCUUCCUCACAGUCAUCUGAUAAGGGUACUGAAGAGUCAGCGCUGCAUCCUCUCUCUCAUAGCCUGGAUCCCUCCUGGUGUGCAGUGGCUCAGCCCACCAUGUGCUGGCAGAAGUGGCAUCAACAGCUACCAGGCACAUACUGAUUCAACAGCUAUCUGUGCUUGACAGCCUGUUUUGAAGAGCAAGCCUGGCAGGCAGGCAGAUGCCCACAUUAAUACCAAGCACUAAUCCUCCUCCUUGCUCCUGAUGGAUGAGCCAUGGAGCAGGAUGAGGGUGCUGGCGCUGGAGCUGCCCACUGCCUCCCACCUUGUGCUAAGGUGGGGGGAUGGACAAGGUUGGAUGUUGGGAAUGGGUCUCUACCUUUCCUGGCUGCUGCUUUGCCUGCCUUAGGACUUGCUUUGGCAUGGAAGACAUUGCUAAUUCUGCUGCUUUUCAGAGACUUUUCCUGCCUCAAUGCUGCCUGGGUGCUCCCUUCCACCAUAAGCGUGGGCAAGACGGGGUGGUGCCCAUGGGGGUCCCUUCUCCUGUGAGCACUAGGGUGGUGCAGGACAAACAGCGCAGAGGUUUUGGGCAGGGACUGAGGGUUUGGGAAGGCAGCUGGUGUGGGAGCAGAGCUGAUUAGUGCAUUUUGAGGGGUGGGAGGAAGCUGGCUCCCCACAGAGAUCACUGCAGGCAGCUCACCUGGCCCUGCCCUUCCUAAUUCAUUCAGCAAUUAGAAAGCAAAAGCAAAAACGGGGGUUGGGUGGAUAUAUAGGGACACUUGCCUGCAUCCCAGAUAUUUUAAAGAUUAAAUAAUUUUAAACUACUUCAGAUACUCCCCAUAUCUUUUCAAAGUCCACAGUGAGGUGAGCAAUAAUAAAACUGUGAUAAAGCCAUAGAGAUUAGUGGAGGAAUGUCUCGGUUACAGGUUUAUCUUGCCCAGACUGCUGGAUAGCAGAAGAGCCUGUGUAGAACUGCUGUGAAGUUGAAGCUUCCUACUCAAAACACAAAAUUAGCCAACAUGAAAAAAAAACCAAAAAAAAAAAACCCCAAAGUCUCUGGUAGGCAGUAACACUCAAAUAAAAAAUACUCAUACCUAAAAUAACAACAGCUUUCUGCAACUUACUCUGUAAAUAAAGGGAACAACAAAGAAAUAGGAUCCAGAAGUAAGUGCAGAUUCUCCCUAAGCUUCAAUACCUUGUUUUUAAUUAAAAGGUGAAUUCAUAUCCCAGAAUAGAAGCUGUACAGUACAUUUCUGUCUUUCCCCUGCAUUUAUCUCUGCCCUGUUUCUUUACACUUUGAGAGUGAUUGGGACCUUUGACAAGUUUAUGUUGGUUUUGGAGCCGUAGGACUCUGCAGUUCCAGAAGAUUCACAUUGCAGUCAUUUUUCCAGUUAUCUGAGGAAAGGAGUGCAUAGCCCUGCUCAGAAACUUGAGAGCAGCCUGGGGUCUCAUGUGGUCUCUGUGCAUGAGUAAAGGUCAACUUUGUUUAUGGGCUGUUCCCACACCCCUGCUUUGGGCGUGAACACCCAACACUUGAACAGGGGCUUUCCUCCCAUGCUCUGCUCAGUGAUAGCACACAGCUGUGUUUCAUAGCCUAAUGUAGCGGGAAUCUCUGGUGAUAGCUCUCAGAAAGAACAAAACCCAGCUCCCUGGGUGCCAGCACCCACAAGGAGCAGCUCCCAGCAGCAGCACCUGGAUUCAGUAGCAUUGGUAGCCUGGGCCUUUUGGCAAGGACACUUUGCAGGUGACAGCUUAGUACUUCCUUUUAUUUUCCAAUCAAAUAGUCAAAAUCAGAUACCAAAGAUUAACAUGUACCUGCAAUGGGCCUAGAGCCACCACCCUGGACCCCUCUGCCAAAAGAAAUCCAGGCAGUGGAUGAUGCAUCAGGGGAACGUUGAGAGUGAAGGGCUGGAUGGCAUUGCUGGAACUUUCUUCUUCUGUCCCUAUGAGCUGCAGGUCAGAAUUCAUCCCCUUGGGGAGUCCUCUUGAAGGCAGGAAUUCAGAGUGGAAUGAACCCCCUCCAGUCCAAGCAGUGUGUUUGAACCAGGACAGACAUCUCCCGGCAUCACCUGGCACGGCCUCUACACUCUUGCUCUUUUGAGCAGAGCAGAGUCCCCCUUCUAUCACCACAGGCUGCAAGAAAUCAGGAAAAUAAAAUUAGCUAUUGGCCCUCCAGGGUCUCCUGGGCAGCCUGGGGAGCCAGGAGUGAGGCUGAGCACUUGGCGAGAGCUGCUUGCUCCAUACUCGUACUCAGAGUACUGAUCCCAUUUUCUUCUGCCACUGUUGCCAUUCUCCAUUUUUGGAGAUUGUUUCAGAGAGAGGAGAACCAAUGAUUUAAGGCUACAAAAAUACUUGAAGGAUUCAAGAAGAUUUUUAUAUUGUCUAAAGCCAAGUGACUGAGACUGAUCAUGUCCAUGCAUUUAUAGUUUAGGUUGUCCUUUCACACAUCAUUUGCUCUUCACUGUCCCUUUGGGGUUUUUUUCACUCACUCCUGACGAUACGAAGCACAGGACUGAGGAACUGAUCCAUGUUAAAACUUUUUUUCCCCCCUUUUUUUCAAGCUUUGUUUUAACCCUGUUCUGGUGGCUGCUCUGUUCUGUCACUAUUAUACAGACACUUGUGCCAGCAAAGGGAAGGGAUGAUCCAGGAAAGACGAGGCUGGUAUAAGCUAGGACUGACAUAGAAACCAUUUGGGAAGUUAAUGGCCCUAGUGUCAAGAAAAAAUGAAGGAAGGAAAUUGAGUCCUGCAGUGGUCCCACUAGCAGCGAAGAUGUGGCUUUUAAAUAGUGCACUAUGGAUGUUGCCCUUGCAGUGUCCCACAAGCAGUUUCUCUAACAGUCCUGACGCUGGAAAUCAAAUACGGCCUAUUUCUGCAGAUCCCACAGGGCUCAAGUUUUCUCAAGGGAAAGGCAGCAGGUUGGGAAGGGGACUCUGCUCCCAUGCAGCCACCCAGCUGUAGCAACUGGAGGUUCCUUGUUCAGCAGGCAAACCUACAAGACCCUUCCCACAGCUGCCUGCUGCUGGACAGGACACAUCCACAGCAGUUUAGUGGGAAUUAGUUUGAAUGUGAUGAGCUUGGGCUGAGCCUUAAUAUUAGAGGCAAUAGAAAGUAGUCUAAAAGUUCAAGGAUCGAUUGUCCACUAAGUAAUCUGAGGUGUGACAUACUUCACAGUUUCCUGGUAAGGAGGUUUGCUGCAGAAGAUGGGUUCUGCACUACAGGAUCCGUGCUUCUAAAAAAUACAUAUUUCCAGCUCUGGAAUUGAGAAAAUGUUUUAAAACUGAAGAUAAUAUACCAAGCCCUAUUGUCCCUGCCUGAUUCCCACUGCAGUCCCAGAAGCAUCUCUGGGCCAUGUCUGUGUUUUGCCAAUUUAAAAAGUAAAUCAACUACAUAUUGUAGUUGGAAAGAAAGAUGAAAAAGAUGAUACAGCCUUGAUAUUAACCUCUUAUUAACCUCAAGGACAUCACUGCACUGAGUUAUUUGUUUUCAUGUACAAUUCAAGAGAGAAAACAAGCUGCUAUAGAUCUUCUGAUUUUCCACCCUGCUUCCCUAGAAGGGCUUAAAGUCCAUCUGCCUUUCACAGCAGAGUUCAACCUCUGAAGGAACUGAGUGACCACCUGCAUGGAGUCUUGCUCCUGCUCAGGAGAGACAGGUUUUUAGUCAAGCAUGCGGAAAAUGAGGAAAAACAAGCGUGGAGGACAAGUGCCUGUCCUGGACACAACUGUGUGUCCCACGGAGGGACACUAAAGAGCCCUGCCCAGCAGAGCUGUGUGCCCUGUACACCCUUCGCACAGGUGACAGGCAGCCAAGUGGGUAGCCCCAAGUCCUGCCACCCCUGGAGCAGAGUUUGGCAUGGCCUCUGCAGAGCCCUGAGCAUUUGUCCCAUCAUAGCAUUUCCUGAUGGUUUACAUCCAGAUCAAAUUGUUUACAGGGAAAGGAAGAAUGGAAACUAAAAAACAAAAAUCACUAUCUGACAGAAUUUGGAGAGUUUCCUGGGACCACCACCUGGGGAGCAAUCUUUCAUGCUUACUCCAUGCACAGUAUCUCGUGGGCUUAUGUACACAGUUUUUCUGACAGUAAGUGUUACAUCAAGUAUGAUCCAUGCUAUAUUGCUGCUGGUUUAUGACCUUAGUGCUAAUUACCUGCUUUCUGUUAAAUGUCUAAAUAAAAUGUAAUUUCCAACCUGUUGGAAGUCAAUGGGA